AUGUCCUCCCCACGCAUCGCCUGGAUCGGCCUAGGCAACAUGGGCCGCGGCAUGGUCAAGAAUCUGGUCGACAAGGGCUCAUAUACCGCGCCUGUCCUCAUCUACAACCGUACCGCCGCUCGCUCGGAGAAGCUCGUCUCGACGCUCCCGCAAGGAAAGGCCAAAGUCAUCACCUCGAUCGCGGACGCUGUCGAGGGCGCAGACAUCAUCUUCACGUGCGUCUCCAACGAUCAAGCCAUUGAGGAAACCAUCUCCGCUGCCCUGCAAUCUCCCGAGUCCAAAGGCAAGCUCUUCGUCGACUGCUCCACUGUACAUCCCGACACCACGGACAAACUGGCCAAGAAGAUCAACGGAGCUGGCGCAGAGUUCGUGGCGAAUCCGGUCUUUGGCGCUCCGGCCAUGGCAGACUCGGGGCAACUGGUUUGCGUUUUGGCGGGACCCAAGGCACAAGUUGAUCGUGUACUUCCUUACUGCAAAGGCGUCAUGGGCAGGGCUGAGAUCAACUACUCCGAUCAACCUCACGGAGCAGCCACGCGCCUCAAGAUCAUCGGCAACACCUUUAUACUCAACAUGGUGGAGACUCUAUCCGAGGGUCACGUCCUCGCGGAGAAGAGCGGCCUCGGCACUGACAAUCUCCACGCUUUCAUCGAGACGAUGUUCCCCGGUCCAUACACCGCAUACAGCCAGCGCAUGAAGUCUGGGGACUACCACAGUCGCGAGGAGCCUCUGUUCCAGGCCAAGCUGGCGAGAAAGGACGCGGGCCACGCAAGGAGUCUGGCAGAGGCAAGCGGAUGCAAGCUCAAGGGGUUGGAAGUUGCGGACGAGCAUCUGAAGGCGGUCGUCGAUCACGCGGGCGACAAGGGCGAUAUCGCCGGCAUCUACGGUGCCGUACGGAAAGAAUCCGGCCUCAAGUUUGAGAACAACUAA